AGAAGGCGGGGCGGAGGCGGGGCCGUGCGGAGUGGGCGGGCUACGGGCGGUAGGUUGGAGCGUCGCGGCGGUCCGGAGGUCCGGGAAAGUUUCUUAGGAGGUGCGGCCGGGAUCGGCCAUGUCCCACGGCCCCAGGCAGCCAGGCGGGGCCGCCGCGCCGGCGGGUGCCAAGGUCCCGGGCCAGCAUGGGGGCUUCGUGGUGGCUGUCAAGCAAGAGCGCGGCGAGGGCCCGCGGGCCGGCGAGAAGGGGUCGCACGAGGAAGAGCCGGUGAAGAAGCGCGGCUGGCCCAAAGGCAAGAAGCGGAAGAAGAUCCUGCCCAAUGGGCCCAAGGCCCCGGUCACGGGCUACGUGCGCUUCCUGAACGAGCGGCGGGAGCAGAUCCGCACUCGCCACCCGGACCUGCCGUUCCCUGAGAUCACCAAGAUGCUGGGGGCCGAGUGGAGCAAGCUGCAGCCCGCCGAAAAGCAGCGGUACCUGGACGAGGCGGAGCGCGAGAAGCAGCAGUACAUGAAGGAGCUCCGGGCUUACCAGCAGUCGGAAGCCUAUAAGAUGUGCGCCGAGAAGUUGCAGGAGAAGACGAUCAAGAAAGAGGACUCGGGCUCCGGACUUAUGAACACCCUCUUAAACGGACACAAGGGUGGGGGCUGUGAUGGCUUCUCCACUUUCGACGUCCCCAUCUUCACCGAAGAGUUUUUGGACCAAAACAAAGCGCGGGAAGCAGAGCUGCGGCGCCUGCGGAAGAUGAACGUGGCAUUCGAGGAGCAGAACGCGGUGCUGCAGCGGCACACGCAGAGCAUGAGCAGCGCCCGGGAGCGCCUGGAGCAGGAGCUGGCGCUGGAGGAGCGGCGGACACUUGCUCUGCAGCAGCAGCUCCAGGCCGUGCGCCAGGCGCUCACUGCCAGCUUCGCCUCCCUGCCCGUGCCAGGCACCGGUGAGACGCCCACGCUGAGCACCCUGGACUUCUACAUGGCGCGGCUGCACGGCGCCAUCGAGCGAGACCCAGCGCAGCAUGAGAAGCUCAUCGUCCGCAUCAAGGAGAUCCUGGCCCAGGUCGCUAGGGCCACCUCCUCUCUCCUUUCACAGUGAGCAUCUCUGAGAGGUCCCCCCACCCAGGGAGCCGGAGGACACUCAGCUCUGGGGACCACCCUGGGACUCUGCACCUUGGGGGCUCCAGCCCCUCCCCCCCCAGCUUUCAACCUUCCCUGACACCCUACCCCAUAGCAGCGUGAAAGACACAGAACCCAAGGGUGUGGGGACAUGGAACUGGGGGGGGUAUGGAGCUCAGGACAUGGGGUGCAGUGGAGAAGAGCCAGUGCUGUGAGGCCCAGGGCUCCCCUGGGGUCUCCAACAGGUGACACAAGCCUCCAGGCAGUCACCCAGCAGCGACACCCUCCCUUGAGGGGUGGAGACCUCUGCUUGCCAGAGCAGCCCACUCUCUGUGCCCCAGAACUGGGUGGGGGCUGAUUCUGUCCACCCCAGCUGAGGGACCCAGGUAGGCGUGCGUGCCUCCUUCCCACCCACCGCUCGCUCAAUCCGGACUUUUUAAAUAAAAAUUUAAAAAG